AUGGCCAGAGGAGCAGAGAAGCCAGCGCCGGCAGGGAGGCCUGUCGUGCUGGAAGGUGCCAGGCGCGGCACUCAAUCUGCUCAGAAUGCUGCUGUGAUGCUCCUCGAGUUCCCUACCGAGGGCUCGCCGGGUCCGAUCGGGAUGGAGCGGAUGAACUUGGUGCAGAUAUGGGGGGCUGCUGGUGACAGGGGGAUGAUGCUCGGUGACACCCAGGCAGCCAGAACUGACCCUUUUUCUCUCUCAGAGUUAAAUGCCUCCAGGGCCCGUGGCAGCAACCACAGCGUGAACAGCCUGCCGGGACCGCCGGCCACCUGCGGCUCCACACAGGGGUCUGUGGUCAGCUGGGCUGAAUCCUUCGAGACGCUGCUGCAGGACCGCGUGGCCGUCACCUACUUCACUGAGUUCCUCAAGAAGGAGUUCAGCGCCGAAAACGUUUACUUCUGGCAGGCAUGCGAGCGCUUCCAGCAGAUCCCGGCCAGUGACACGCAGCAGCUGGCCCAGGAGGCACGGCGAAUCUACGAUGAGUUCCUCUCCAGCCACUCAGUCAGUCCUGUGAACAUCGACAAGCAGGCCUGGAUUGGGGAGGGCAUGCUGGCCACCCCCUCCCCAGACAUGUUUCGCAUCCAGCAGCUCCAGAUCUUUAACCUGAUGAAGUUCGACAGCUACACGCGCUUUGUGAAAUCCCCACUCUACCAGGCCUGCCUGCGGGCAGAGAGCCAGGGGCAGCCCCUGCCCGACCUGCGGCCUCACUCCCGCAGCAGCAGCCCCCCACCUGACCUCACAAGGUGAGCCGGGAAGUCGAAGCUGAAGCUGGGUAAGUCCCUGCCGCUGGGUGUGGAGACGGCAGGCAGUGGGGCCAAACGCAGCACCCGCAGUUCCCGGCCCGGCCACUCCAUCCGCGACAUGCUGGCGGGGAUAUGCGAGAAGCGCGGCUUCAGCCUCCCCGACAUCAAGGUCUACCUGGUGGGAAAUGAGCAGAAAGCGCUGGUGCUGGACCAGGAGUGCUCAGUGUUGGCAGACCAGGAGGUGAAGCUGGAGAACAGGAUAAGCUUUGACAUCACUUACCUUGCAGACAUGCGAGUGACGGAGAGCGGAGAGGCUGCGGCCGCCCCCUCCCCGCUCCGGAGCGAGGUGCCAGGGAUGGAGGGGCCUUUGCCCCUGGCUCUCCCCUGGACAGACGUGGACGCGAGCUGGCCGGGCACCUCGUGGGUGGAUGGAAACUUGGCCGGAGGGGAUGAAGCACCUGGCGCCAAGUGA